AUGCUGCUCUCUUGGACCUUCAGCUUUCUCCUGCUGGCCACCGUCAGAGGGAACGAAAUCUGCUAUGAACGUCUUGGCUGCUUUUCUAAUGAAAAACCGUGGGCAGGGACCCUUCAGCGGCCUAUAAAUGUACUUCCCUGGGACCCCAAAGACAUUGACACCCGCUUUCUUCUGUACACAAAUGAAAAUCAGAACAACUACCAACUGAUCAGUGCUACAGAUCCAGACACCAUCGAGGCCUCAAACUUCAAACCAGACCGCAAGACGCGCUUCAUCAUCCAUGGCUUCAUAGAUGAGGGGGAAGAGGGCUGGCUGCCAGAUAUGUGCAAGAAAAUGUUUACAGUGGAGGAAGUGAACUGCAUCUGUGUGGACUGGAAAAAAGGGUCCCGGACAACAUAUAGCCAAGCUGUCCAAAACGUCCGGGUCGUGGGAGCGGAGAUAGCUUUCUUAAUACAAGUGCUGUCGACCGAGGUGGGUCAAGGCCCCGAGAACGUGCACCUCAUCGGCCACAGCCUGGGCUCGCACGUGGCGGGGGAGGCUGGCAAGAGGCUGAACGGAAGCGUGGCCAGGAUCACAGGGCUGGAUCCAGCAGAGCCAUGCUUCCAAGACACACCCGAGGAGGUUCGGCUGGAUCCAUCCGACGCCGUGUUUGUGGAUGUGAUUCACACGGAUGCUUCUCCCAUAAUUCCUAACCUAGGUUUUGGAAUGAGCCAAAAGGUGGGCCAUUUGGAUUUCUUUCCAAACGGAGGAGAGGAAAUGCCGGGAUGUGAUAAAAAUAGCGUGUCAACCAUCGUGGAUAUCGGUGGAAUAUGGGAAGGAACCCGGGACUUUGUUGCUUGCAAUCACCUCAGAAGCUACAAGUAUUACUCGAGCAGCAUCAUCAACCCUGAUGGCUUCCUGGGCUACCCAUGUACCUCCUACAAUGAGUUUCAGGAGAGUGAGUGUUUUCCUUGUCCAAGUGAAGGAUGCCCCAAAAUGGGACACUAUGCUGACCAGUUUAAGGGGAAAAGCAGUGCUGUGGGACAGACCUUUUUCCUGAACACAGGAGACAGUGGUAACUUUACCCGUUGGCGAUACAGGGUAUCGGUCACACUUGCCGGGGGAAGAAAAUUGAAUGGGUACAUCAGGGUUGCUUUGUAUGGAAGUAAUGGAAACUCAAAGCAAUAUCAGAUUUUCAAAGGAUCCCUUCGACCAGAUGCAAGUCAUACGCUUGACAUUGAUGUGGACCUCAAUGUUGGAGAAAUCCAGAAGGUUAAGUUCCUCUGGUACAACAACGUGAUAGAUCUCUUCUGGCCCACUCUGGGGGCUUCCCAAAUCACGGUGCAAAGUGGUGAAGAUGGGACUGAGUACACAUUUUGUGGCAGCGAUACUGUGCGAGAAGAUGUUUUGCAAUCUCUUUACCCUUGUUAA